UCGGCUCUUAGAUAGCACUCCGUGUUUGCCUCGGACGCUGUCCAUUAUCCAAUACAGAAAGUGUCUGAAUCUCGUCGAAGAGAAUGGGGAUCCCACAUGAUUACCGUCGCGGUCGUAGGGAUAAAGGAGUGGAGUUGCAAAUUGUUGCUGGCACAUGGGCAGAUCCUCGAGGAUCGUACUAUGAGGUGACUUGCGACAGUGGCUUCGACGGUGAAAGCUAUUCCUGCAGUGUCCGCAUACAGCGGCCAAAUGGUGAUGUUUUUGACAGACAGUCUGUAAUAAAGCAGUUCGGCGAUUGGACCAUCGUUUGGGGUCAGAAAUAUGUGCUGGAUGAGGCUACUUCAAAUGAACACAAGCUUCAGUGGAAUAAUCUCCGUGGUGGUUCUGGAUUUGUCUGGCAGCGCGUAACGCCGGAGCAUUCGCGAAAAAGCUACGGCUACGCUCGCAGAGGUACAGCUGCUCACUCGGCACCGCCAAGAGCUCAAGAAUAUCAUGGCAACAACUGGAACAGCUGGUUUGGCUGGCGGAAACGGGAGCACUCUGCUUGGCAGACGUGGGAGAAGGCCAUGGAUGUCUUGGUUGAGCAUGAUGAUUCGCAAGCUGCCACUGUAUCCGACUUUUCGCAUGAUUCAGGAACAGAGACUCACGCAAAAAAGGAUCUGGAUGGUCUCGAUGGCUCGUUUGAUGGGAGACGUGACGGGCCAUGCGAGCAGUCUAUCCUGGAAAAUGAAACAUGGAGGCCCAGCUUGCACCCUACUCCUCCGCGAUCGAAACACAACAAGCAGCAGUUUGGAAGAAAUGGUUACUUUAACAGAGAAGUGGUUGCUUCGCGCCUCCCCCUGGAUUUUCCGUUUGACGCAUGGAGGAAGGACAGUCACAGACAAGGACAGUACAAUUCUGGAUGCGUGUCGUAUGCAAGUGCAGCUGAUUUUAAAGAUGUGCCGAUCUAUGCCGGCUAUCUGGAGCGAUUUGACAAGGAAAAGAAUUCAGGCACUAUUUCUUCGCCAGGCGCUCUGGCAGAUUUCAAACAGAAUGUCUAUGUGCAUGGCUCUGUGCUGCAUAGCAGCAGAGUUUGUUUAAAUGAUUACUUGUGCUUUGCUAUACACACGAACGCGCAUGGCAAGCCACAAGCGUCGCGACCACUGCUUCGCUUACAGGCACGGAAAGGCUAUGCCCUGUCAGGUACGUACACAGCAGCCGGCGAAGAUUCGGCGAACUAUGCUGGGACUAUACAUUGUCGAGCGGUAUUGCAGCUCUUUGAUUGGGAUGUUCAGGUGAGCCAUGAAGCCACUCUGCGGGGAGGAGGACGAGGCAGUGCCAGCAUCGAAAGCCUUCACAAUGGUGACGAGGUGAACUUCAAUGCUCGGUGGAUCUAUGAAGACGAUUGUGGCAGGUUGGAGGCAUAUGAGGUAUACCGCCAACAUCCGCAAUCACCACCUGGACUGCCUGGCGUUCCCACGGCAGAGCAAGCGACCGAGCCAACCGAAGACAAUUCAUUUGGAGUGCAACCUGAACGCAAAGAUGCACUGAAUCAGAAAGAUGAGAUGUUGAGAGACGGUCUGGAACUGCUCGGAGGGUUGCGGCAUGACCUUGAUAUGGACGAAUCCUCGGUUAUGCAAUGGUUGACAACAGGAGCGGAUGGUGAAGAGGAAGUGCUACCUCCUGACACAGUAAUUCAUUUGUGAUUGGACAUGAAUGCAUGAAUGCCGCGCAUUUUGAUGAUUGAUGUGCCUGUCUUGCACGAGAUUUGCUCCAUUGUGACGUUGGCUGUGGCUGGUUGGCGAUGCAGGAGUGGAGAACAGCCACUCCAACUGGCAAGCUUACGCCGCGAUUGGCAAAAUGUUCUGACUGAGAAUGCAAAUGUGUUUGCGAAACAGGCUCCCGGUAUAGGGGGGCUGCACUUGCUAUGUCUUUGCUGUAAAGUCUGAAACAGACGUCCUUUGAUGAGUCUCACUUGCUAGGCCCGCGAUGUCAGAUGAUGAAAAGGGCAUAGCCUAAACAACAUCUGUGGGUGUAACGUGAGUGUGCGGU